AAAAGAGAACUUUGAUCGACAGUAGCCAACCGAGUCCCUUGAACAAAUCAGUGUUCUUUAUACACUUCGUAUAGUUGCUAGUUAAUCGCAAUUCAUAUUUAGAAACAUCAAUACGUUAUCUUAAUUGUUGCGUAAAAUUAUAAACAACCAGUGUCUUUAGAAACAUGAUAUGACCACAAGAUCCAAAAUAACAUAAUUUAUAUAUUUUUGCUUGGUGUUUAUAACGAGUUUUAAAAGUUGUCUUAGAAUAUGGUGUUGGUACUUAACGGGGUCCUACAAGAGGACUGUCCAAUCGACAGCAGGACCCUCUACAUGAAUCAUCCUGUAUAUAGAGAAACAGCGGCACAACUUCUGGCAGUACCAAAUAAGGUCAUAGGACCCGUAGGGUUACUUUAUGUUUUACAAAGAGAAUUGGCAGCCACUAUACCACAUGACAAAAAUGUGAGUAUAUUGGGUUCAGAUGACGUCACGACUUGUCUAAUAGUAGUUAUAAGACAUUCAGGUUCUGGAGCAGUUGCUCUAGCACAUCUGGACGGAUCUGGCACUGACGAAGCCGUAUGUGCCAUGAUACACCGAGUACAAGAGCUGGCAUUGGGAUAUCCCGAAGGACGUAUAGAACUGCAAUUGGUCGGGGGAUUCACAGAUCCCCAUGGAUAUUCUGAAGAUUUAUUUUUCACAGUGAUUAAUUCCUUCCACAAGCAUCCAGUUGAAAUUGACUUAACCCUAGCCUGUGUAGGAGAACUCAACACAACAAUUAGAGGUGGUAUUAACUGGCCCAUAAUUUACGGAAUUGGAGUAAACGUAAAAACUGGAGAAAUAUUCCCUGGUACUUUUCCAGAUAAGGGACCAGAUCAGCCUUUGAGAUGUGCCAGGUAUCUCACUGGAAUUUCACAAGUCCUGGAUAUCUACGACUGCAAUUUGGGGUUGCUUAGAAUAGGCCCGUUCAAUUAUGAACCUUUACGAGGAGUCGACUUAUGGCUAGAACAAAGCGAUGAAUUCAUUUUGCAACAACUAUCGACAACACCAGAAGUGCAACCUCCACAUUUCGUUAUGCAGAUCAGGGCAGCUCUAAAAUACGUCCAAGCCAAUCAGUUUCCAGCAAUAACAGUCUUCAGAGAUAACAGACCACACUACUACAGAAGAGACGAACAUUCUGGACUUUGGACGCCCGUCAGAUACUAAAUAACAAUUUGUACAAUAAUUCCGUUACAAAAUUACAAGAAUGUCCUAUAAGCAUAAAUAAAUAUAAUAGGUCCAAUUAGUAGAUAAAUAUGUUUCACGUACGCAAUUAACACUACACAGAGUCCUAAUAAUUUAUUCUUUCUCCGUUAAUUUCAACCAUAAGUACAGUUGACAUAAGGUUAAAAUUAAAAUUGCAUUUUAAUUUACCUUCUAGUGUGUAAAUUAUUAACCAAAGCCCAUUUAUAAUAAAACUUUUAAAAUUAUAUAUCAGAAA